AUGCCGUCCGCUCCCCCAUUGUCAGAGGCGGCCGCCGCCUGCCGUGCGAAGAUGCAGGCCAAGAACGUGAACCCAGCGUGCAUCCAGACCUUCUUAGCCCAGCACGCGGCCAUCAGUAGCGGGCAGACGGGAAACAUCCCCGAGAGCAGCAUUUCCCCGGUGGAUGCGCUCGACGCGCUGCAGAACCUUGGCGCGCAGACUGGCGCCGCGCAGCUCGGGAAGACAGUGGUGCUGAAGCUCAAUGGCGGCCUCGGCACCGGCAUGGGGCUGCGUACUGCUAAGAGCCUCCUUCCCGUUAAGGAUGGCAAGACGUUCCUGGACUUCACCGCGCUGCAAGUGGAGCAUCUCCGCAAGACGUGCGACAACAACUUACGAUUCAUGCUAAUGAAUUCGUUCUCCACUUCGGCGGACACAAAGGCGUACCUAAAGAAGUACCCACGCCUCUUUGACACCUUUGACGCGGAAGUGGAGCUAAUGCAGAACUUUGUGCCAAAGAUUCGUCAAGACAAUUUGUUCCCUGUCACCUAUGAGGCCGAUCCUGCGUCUGAGUGGGCGCCGCCGGGCCACGGAGACAUAUACACCGCUCUCUACGGUAGCGGGAAACUGGAUGAGUUGCUCAGGAAGGGGUAUCGUUACAUGUUUGUUUCAAACGGUGACAAUCUCGGUGCAACGCUUGACGCCCGAAUACUCACCUAUAUGCAGGAACACCAGUUGGAGUUCCUUAUGGAAGUGUGCCAGCGGACGGAUUCCGACAAGAAGGGUGGUCAUCUUGCUUACCAAACUGUCACGGACAGUGCUACUGGGAAACAAGAGCGUCGGUUUAUUCUUCGAGAAUCUGCGCAGUGUCUGAAAGAGGAUGAAGACAGUUUUCAGGAUAUCACAAAGCAUCGUUUCUUCAACACGAACAACCUAUGGGUCGAUCUCUCUGCCCUCAAGAAGGCGAUGGACGCUCACAGCGGGACGCUGCCACUCUCCGUCAUUCGAAAUGCGAAGACAGUGAACCCUGUCGAUGGCAAUUCAACAAAGGUGUAUCAGUUGGAAACAGCCAUGGGCGCGGCCAUCACCUUCUUCAGCCGUUCAGGAGCAUUGGUAGUUCCGCGGGAGCGUUUCGCACCAGUGAAGACGUGCUCUGACCUCCUCGCUUUGCGUUCUGAUGCGUAUGUCGUCACGGAAGACCAGCGGCUUGUUCUGCGGGAGGAGCGAGGUGGCAAGCCGCCGAUGGUUGACCUCGACAGUCAGCAUUACAAGACAAUAUCUGGGUUUGAGAGACUCAUAAAGGACGGCGUGCCUUCCCUGCAGCACUGCACCCAGCUUAUUGUGAAAGGCCUGGUGGAGUUUAAAGACCAUGUCGUUGUGAAGGGGAAAGUGACAAUUCGCAACAGUCAGGAGGAGCUCCUAGUAAUCAAACACGGUCGUGUGCUCUCCGAUGAGGUCGUCGAAAUGUAA